CGCAGGUCCUCUCCCUCAGAGGUAGUCGAGACUUCAAAGAGGAAUGGCGUCCCCUCGCUCCCUCGUCCUCUGUCUCCCCGGCUUACUUCUCAUGUGGAAUGUUUCUCUCGGGGCCACGCUGGCAGGGAGCAGGAGAACAAACCAAGAACGAUGCAACUUCAAGAUGCUGUCUGCAGCAGAUGCAAGUCGAAAGCUGGCCAUCACACUCAGAAGCGACAACUGCUCGUUAAACUACCCGCAAGGGAAACAUGUCAUCCAUGAGGUUGCCAACGUCUCCUUCACUCAUUUGGCCUGUGAGGACCAAGCCGGUGUGGUGGUCCACUGGUCGGCCAGUCCAUUAGGAAUUGAACAUAUUAAAGGCUUCCGAGUUUAUCUGGAGGACAAGAGGCCAGACGGGAGAAGAUGUCAACAUCUGCUCCUCAAAGACCCGCGACAGCUCAACUUCUCCCAUAGGAACACGAAGCUGAGCAGUCAGCUGUUUAGCGGUCUGACCUUUGACACGGACUACAUGGUCCGCGUUGUUCCUUUCCCCACUCUGAUGAACGAGAGCUUCUUCCCGCCGUCUUUCCUCAGGACUAACUCCUGUGAAGUCCUGCUGGGCUCUGACAACCUGGUCUGCAAACCAUUCUGGAAACCAAAGACCCUGAAUGUGUCUCAGCUGGGCUCCAAACUGCACGUGUCCUUUGACCAGGCUCCGCCUUCCUUCGGUUUCCACCUCUACUACGUCUACUACAAACUGCGACAGGAUGGACCCUUGCGACUGCAGCGCUGCAAGCCCGACGGCAACCAGCAGAAAACCACCUGCAUCCUCCAGGACCUCACCCCAGGGACCUACACGCUGGAGUUGAGAGACGACCGCAACACAACCAGGAGGCAGACACAGUACUACGUCAGCCAAGUCCACUCCCAAUGGGCGGGGCCUAUCCGGGCCAUGGCCAUCACGGUGCCUCUGGUCAUCAUGUCGGCCUUCGCCACGCUUUUUACCGUCAUGUGUCGGAAGAAGCAACAAGAAAACAUCUACAGCCAGCUGGACGAGGAGAGCAGCGAGUCUUCCAAUCACAGCGCGGCGUUGAACGCGGAGAGGCCGUGGCCCCGCCCCAAGGUCUUCGUCUGCUACUCCGGCAGAGACUGCCCCAAACACACCACCGUCAUCCAGAGCUUCGCUUACUUCCUGCAGGACUUCUGCGGCUGCGAGGUGGCGUUGGACCUGUGGGAACAUCUGGAGAUGUGUCGAGAAGGUCAGAUGUCCUGGCUCAGCAGGCAGCUGGACGAGGCCGACUUCAUCAUCACAGUUUGCUCCAAGGGCCUACGCUAUUUUGUGGAAAGGAAGAGCCGCAGAGGAAAGACGCCGGUUGGUCGCCGCGGCAACGCCAGCAGCAGCAGCUCUCCCGUCGGCGGCUCGGGCGGUGACCUGUUUGUGAUGGGCGUGGCCAUGGUUGGCGAGAAGCUGCGGCUGGCCAAGCAGAACGAGAAGAGCGACGCUCAGGAGAUGAACCGCUUCAUGAGCGUCUACUUCGACUACUCCACGGAGAACGACAUCCCCACCAUGCUGAGUCUGGCGCCCAGGUUCAAGCUGAUGGACCAGCUGCCUCAGCUUUUCACCCGCCUUCACUCCAGUCAGUCCAGUCUGGCCGAGCGGGAGUCGCAGCCUCUCAACAUCUCCAGGAGGAACUACUUCAGGAGCAAGUCUGGGCGCUCCCUCUACGUCUCCAUCUGCAACAUGCACCAGCACAUCAGCCAGAACCCCGACUGGUUCGAGAAGCCAACGCCUCCCUCCGCUGGAAAUAGAUCCACCUUCUGCUCCUCGCCGUCUCCUCCACUUCCUCCUCCGCACGACGCCGAAGCCCCCUCCUCCUCCUCCUCCUCCUCCACCAGACCUGAAAGAAGGCCGGAGGGCGGCCUGGUGCUGAAUGAGGUGCUGGUGAAGUCGCCCCCGCUGGAGAGUGGCGAGGGAACGCUGAGGAAGAACGCCCUCUUGCUGGCUCCUGGUUCUAGCCUGAGCUGCAAGCUCAGUUUAAGCCAGAGCUCCAGUCCUGGUCUAAGUCCUAGUCCUGCCUUUCCACAGGGAUCUCUGUCCAGGCUGGAACACACCUCAAGAACAUUUGCGGAAGAUUCUUCCUGCGCUGCGUCCGACCUCCAGGAGGAGGCGCUCCCCCUCUCGGGCCAGACAGAGGACAGCUGCCCCUCCCCCGCCGAGCUGCCGCCACCUCGCGAUUCGGGCAUCUACGACUCGUCGGUCCCGUCCUCCGAGCUGUCCAUCCCCUUAAUGGAAGGCCUGUCACAUGACCAGGCUGACUCCUCCUCCCUGGCCGAGAGCGAGUCCUCGUCUUCCGGGCUGGGUGAUGAGGAGCCGCCGGCGGUGGCGUCGCUGGGCUGCAGCGCCCCCACGGUUUGCAAAGCAGAACUGCACCACCUGGAGCGCAGCGGAGGACUGGAACCUGUGGCACUGUGAUCUCAUCCUGAGGCUCUGGCAUCCAGCUGUGUGCAAACUGGACUGGAACACGAUAGGACCACCAGCGGGUCUUGGGACUCACAAGGUGCUGGGAUGUCCGUAAGUGGGUCCUGGGACUAUGACGUCAUCGCCACUAUGAAAGAAACCUACGCUCGUGCCUGCCAGCUUCUGAGAAGUGAGCUCAAUACUCAUAGGAGACGAGAUAUUUGGAGGACAGAACAUUGAGGCACUUUUUUUUUGUACAAAUCUGCUGUUUUCUGGCAACUGCGGAGGACUUAUGUUUUGUUUUUAAUUCUAAUAAGUACCAUAUUUUCUGGACUAUAAGCCGCACCCCUAUAUAAGCCGCACCCGCACAAAACAAACAAACAAAAAAACGGUCUCCUUACAUUAGUCGUACCGGACUAUAAGGCGCACAGACCGAAUUAAAAAUAAAUGAAAUAAAUAUUUCCAUAUAUUUGUAAAAUGUUUAUUUACAUACCUUAAAGGCCUACUGAAAGCGACUACUAGCGACCACGCAGUCUGAUAGUUUAUAUAUCAAUGAUGAAAUAUUAACAUUGCAACACAUGCCAAUACGGCCGCUUUAGUUUACUAAAUUACAAUUUUAAAUUUUACCCAGAGGUAUCAUGCUAAAACGUUGCGGUAUGAUGACGCCUGCGCGAUACAUCACGCAUUGUAGAGGACAUUUUGUUCCAGCACCGUUCCCAGCUAUAAAUUGUCUGUUUUCAUCACAUAAUUCCACAAUAUUCUGGACAUCUGUGUUGCUGAAUCUUUUGCAAUUUGUUCAAUGAAUAAUGGAGACAUCAAAGAAGAAAGAUGUAGGUUCGAAGCGGUGUAUUGCGGUCGCCUUUAACAACACAAACACAGCCGGUGUUUCAUUGUUUACAUUCCAGAAAGAUGACAGUCAAGCGGCAGGUUCGAUUCCCGCUUGUGCCAUCCUAGUCACUGCCGUUGUGUCCUUGGGCAAGACACUUUACCCACCUGCUCCCAGUGCCACCCACACUGGUUUAAAUGUAACUUAGAUAUUGAGUGUCACUAUGUAAAGCGCUUUGAGUCACUUGAGAAAAGCGCUAUAUAAAUAUAAUUCACUUCACUUCACUACUAUGGAACAGAGUGGUCAAGCAAACACGGUUGGAUUAGACCACACACACAAAGUACAGUGUAUUAUGCAGCGGUCAUUUCGAAAGAUUGUUUCAAAGAGGGUCCCCUGCGAAGGGCAGAGAUGGGCAUCGCCACCACCCGUCGACUGGUGCUGAAAAAAGAAGCGGGGCCGAGCUUCAGGUUGUACAGGUACGACUAUAUAAUCUCACUAAAACACUAGUAACACAAUAAGCAGAUAAGGGAUUUUCCAGAUAUAUCCUAGUAAAUGUGUCUAAUAACAUCUGAAUCGCUCCUACUACCCUCGUCUUUUUUUUUUCUAGUCAUUCACUCUCACUUUCCUCAUCCACAAAUCUUUAAUUUUCGCUCAAAUUAAUUGGGAAAUUGUCGCUUUCUCGGUCCGAAUCGCUGUAGCUGCUGGUGGCCAUGAUUGUAAACAAUGUUCAGAUGUGAGGAGCUCCACAACCCGUGACGUCACGCGCACAUCGUCUGCUACUUCCGGUACAGGCAUGGCUUUUUAUUAGCGACCAAAAGUUGCGAACUUUAUCGAGGAUGUUCUCUACUAAAUCCUUUCAGCAAAAAUAUGGCAAUAUCGGGAAAUGAUGAAGUAUGACACAUAGAAUGGACCUGCUAUCCCCGUUUGAAUAGGAAAAUCUCAUUUCAGUAGGCCUUUAAUCCAUAUCAUAAUUUGGACGAGAGUGAAGAAAAAUCCACACCUGUAUUUUAGCCGCAGGGGUCAAAGCGUGGGGAAACCGUAGCGGCUUAUAGUCCGGUAAGCUGCAGCAUAAUGCUAACAAACAUGUCCGCCAUGGCAGCAACAUGAGAGGAGAUGACCACUGCAGGCACUGACUUCUCUUCUCUUGAUGCACAUUUCUAGAAGUCCUACGACUAAAGACUUUUUAUGGUCCUCGCUAACAAAGAGAUGUUCUAGAAGGACUCGGGCGCUUCCUGCCGACAAAAAGAAAAGGGACGACUCCAGCAGGUUUAACAGUUUGUUGGGAGGAAAGAUCCAGCAUUUCCUGAUUGUAAAUAGCUUUUUAUUUUUAUUGGAAAUGUCUGUUGUUUUUUUAUUGUAGGUUUUUUUUCUGUAUUUUCUAGAAAUGUACUGUUUUAUAGUACCUUUUAAUGUAGGAAAUAAAGAAAUCCAUGAAAUAA